CGCAACGGAAGCGAAGAAGGGGAAAGCGGCUCGGAUAGCAUCUAUCGCAAUGGGGCGGCUGUGUUGGUGAGCGAGAGCGGCCAAGAUCUGCGGCCUUAGGUGGCGGCUGCGGUCAGUCGGCCCAGCACAGCGCUGCGAUGAAGAAGGCGCUCCGAUUCGCUUUGCUGCUGGUGAUCCCCGUUGCGUCGGUGCUCCUGGGCGCCAGCCUGUCGUACUCGUACAUCGCCGUGGGCGUCUCGGUCAUCGCCAUCCUCAUAGACCCCCUGCGAGUCGAGAGCAAGGCGCUGCCCUUCUUCGUCUACCUCCUGCUGGUCUCGGCCAUCCAGCUUGGCUUCCUCCUCCUAUACAUGAACCCUAUCACUGGAGGCACCUCGACUAGCGACGGCUCACCCACACCAGCACCCUUCAGCCAGCGGCUGAUGAAGCUAAGGGCGAGGAGGGAGAAGCUGCCGCCGGUCAAGGUGGUAGAUCAGCAGCAGAAGCAGAAACAGCAAAACAAACAGGGUGGUGAUGUCAGUGCGGCCAAGGGAGGGCAGAUGGCUAAGCUGCGGAUGGUGUCGCCGGAGCGGUUUGAGAACAGCACCGACAUGGUCCACGACCUGCGGAUGGUGUCGGUCAUCCUGGCGGCACACAACGAGCAGCAGUACUGCGAGAGGACGCUGGCGUCAAUCUAUGACGCCACACCACCUGACAUACUCAAGGAGAUCAUCAUUGUGGUAAGUAAGGUAACAACAGGCAGUCGAUGCGCUUUGGCUGUAUUGUAUGCGUGUGGUGUGGCUGGUGUGUGUUGUGUUAAGGAUGACGGCAGCGACCCGCCGAUGUCGACUGCCUACAAUCACACGCGUUUCCCCAAUGUCAAGAUCAUCCGCAACGAGGAGAGGGAGGGACUCAUCCGGUCAAAACUCAUCGGAGGCGAUGCAGCAGAGGUAGGUAUCACACCCUACCCUACCAUCGCCAUAGCAUACACAAGCACCAGCACAAGACGCAGGCGAGACACCUCCACUCUCCCUCUCUCUCUCUCUCUCUCUCUCCCCCUCUGCGCAUGGCUUCCUUCAGGGCGACCUGAUAGUGUUUCUCGACGCCCACGUGAAGCCCGACCCCGGGUGGACGGCGCCCCUGAUCCGGCACACCAACACCAACUACAAGAGGGUGGUGGUGCCGCUGAUCCCCAUCCUCAACGGCGAGACCUGGGAGAUCAACCGGGCGGCGGUGGGUGUCAAGAUGAUGUUCGACUGGACGCUGCAGUUCCAGUGGUUCGAGGACCACAACGACCUGGUGCCCUGCAUGAGCGGGGGGCUGCUGGCGAUGACCAAGCGGUGGUGGGAGGAGAGCGGCAAGCUCGAUGACGGCAUGUAUGAGUGGGGCGGGGAGAACAUAGAGCAGUCCAUACGGAUCUGGCUCUGCGGGGGCGAGAUCUAUGUCGCAAGGGACUCCAUCGUCGGGCACGUCUUCAGGGAAAAGUUCCCUUAUAAGGUCAGAGAGAGAGAGAGAGAGUUAGUGAGUGAGUGCGCCGCAUGAGAUGACGGCCUCUCUCUCUUUGUGAUAUUCUUGUUAUUGUUCCUGUCGGUCGUGUGGUGUGCAGAUUGACAACGAGAAGAUCAUGGUCAACAAGGCCCGAGCAGUGGAGGUGUGGUGGGACGAGUACAAGGAAAAGUGAGUAGGCAGAAAGAGACAGCACAGCUCGGACACGACCUGAUUCGUAAAAGAAUCCCGCACUCUGUGUGUCCGUGCCGUGUGUGGUCCUCCCGUGCAGGUUCUACCAGCACUAUCCGUCAGGUCGCAAGUUCAAGGACCGCAUGGGCAACACCACCGAAAGGGAGACUAUCAAGGAGCGGCUCAACUGCAAACCAUUCAGCUGGUGAGGAUUCACGGCAUCCCCUCUGGACUCCCCCCCUCCCUCACACACGCAAGGCAAGUCUCUCGUGUGAUUGUGUUAUGUGCAGGUAUGUCGAGAAGUUCCACGACGUGUUUGUGGAUCGCGGUAUGCUGCCGAUGAACACGUUCCUCAUCCAGAAGGCCGGCACCGACCAGUGCCUCAUCCCCAGCCAGCACGUCCUCAACCAGCGGAACCCCCCGCUCAGCAGAGACAGACUCGCUUACACCACCUGUGACAAAGAAAGCAAAGCGCAGAGGUCAGUGAGUGAGUGAUCACCUGCAGAGACCGACGCACACGACACCACACGUAUCUCAUUAUGUGUGUGUGUGAGUGGUUGCAGGUUUCAGUGGCGCAACCAGGGUAGGACGUUGCAGAAUGUUGAGAGCAAGAAGUGCUUCGACGCGGCCAACCCGCCCAGCGAGGGCCACGAGACCAUCCUCUUCCUCUGCGAAGGCACCAACCACAACCAGGUAGGUACACACAACCAAACGCACCCACGCUGAAUGACACUGACAGAUCUGAUCAGAUCAGCACAGCGCAUCUCUCUCUCUGUAUGUGUCUGUGUGUGUGUGUGUGUGCAGGUGUGGGAGCACACCAACGGGCGGCUCACCCACUCGUCCUUCUGCGCAGGCACCAAGAGUACGCACCGCAUGACGACUGUCUGUCUGUAUGUAUGUGUGCGCACGGCGCAUGUGGUGACAUAUUGUGUGUGUGUGUGCGUCCCGUCCUUCUGCAGACGACCAGUUGACGCUCCACUUGUGGCACUGCAGCGACAAGCCCGCCGAGGAGGGACAGCUCUUCAAAUUCGUCGAUUACAAGGCCGAAUUCCAGUACGCAACCAACAGAGACAGACGCACAGCCACACACCCACAGCCACUCAAGCGCACACCCACACAUUGGCACUCGUGCGCGUGUGUGUGUGGUUUGUGUCAGGAAUGUGCCCAAGAAGAAGAAAAAAGAUAAAGACAAGGACAAGGACAAAGACAAAGACAAGGAAAAGGACAAACGGCAGUAGAGCUGCAGCUGCCGAUCCCCGCCCCCCCCCCUCCCCUCCCCCUUGUGUCAUUGAUUCCGUUCUCUGGUGGUUGGUCGUCGUUUCACAUAUACCCAUACAGUGAUUUCCACCACCAGAGAGCCACAUUUUCGCUUCAUCGUGGCUCGCUCACGGACAGAUAGAUGUGUGUGUGUGCGUAAAGGUCGCGAUGGCGACCGACGGCUGUCUGCCUGUCUGAGUGUCUGCGGACACCACCAGGGUUGCCAGAAGAGAAGAGCCAAGAAAGCCAGGCAGCGACAAGAGAAAGGGCUGAGAGGCUUCAAUUAAUGGGGCGGGUGGGUGGGUGGAGUGGGAGUAGGAAGGUAGACAGGCAGGUUGAAAGGUAGGUCUGGCUCUUUGUAUAUAAUAUUGCGUGUGCUCUGUGUGUGUGUGUGUGUGUGUGGAGCGUCCAUUCACUCACUCAGUCACUCACUGGUGCAGCAUUCAUCGUAUUUGUGGCUCUAUCUAUCUAUACCUCUCUCUCUCUUCUCCUGUCUGUCUAACAGACAAACCCAACACGCAUCGCAUGAGUGGGUGCGGUGGAUGUGGUACCUACCUACCCUUGUUGUCUGUCGGAUUGGUGCGUACCGUACGUGUCAUAGUCAUAUUAAGCCGUGUGUCUCUC